CCUCCCUUUCUCUCGGGAUCCCGCAAACCCCUCGACGACGAAGAAGCGAGGAAGUCGGGACCGGAGAUCGCCGGAGAACGCAUCGACGUGACCAGCGGCGCUUGAAGAAGAAGAGGAGUUUGUGAGACUUGCAGAUUUAAGUUUGGUCCGCCCAAUGGCAGGAUUUGCUAAAUGCGGGAUUUAAGACAAAACUGAGGUGCAACGGGAUUUAAGAUUCUGGAGGAUUUAAAAUGGUCAUUUGUACAGUUUGGCAGGAUUUAGCUUAAGUCUGUUCCUCAUCUCUCGAUCUUCAACCCCUAAUUUAGCUUAAAUACUGCGUUCCUGCGACCAAACAACCCCUAGCUAGUUUUUGAUUUGAUAGAAGGUAAUGGCGGGACAAUCUGAUCCUCAUCUCUCGAUCUUUACUCCGGCAGAGGUUGAAUUUUUGGCGGAGGACGAACUUGUUGAGAUAGUACCGAAUAUAAGGAUGGAUGCUCUGAACAUGAUCUGUGGCGAUUUUGGCCCUUUCUUUCCACAAAUUUCUACCAAGGUUCCAAUAUGGCUUGCAGUUGCGCUGAAGAAGCGCGGAAAAUGCUCAAUUCGUCCGCCGGAAUGGAUGUCUGUUGAGAGGCUGACCCAUGUGUUGGAAGCAGAAAGGGAAUCUCCACGAGAAUUUCAACCUUUGCCUUUCCAUUAUAUUGAAUUAUCAAAGCUUUUGUUUGAAAAAGCUCAUGAUGACAUCCCAGAUAUAUAUAUGGUUAGAUCUUUGAUUGAAGACAUUAGGGAUGUGCGAUUUCACAAAGUUGAGAUGGGUUUAGAGAAGAUCUCUGGUCGCACGCAUGCAGUGAAGCUUAAAAAUCUCUCUGCUAUGGAAGUAAACAUUGUUCGUCCAUUUAUGGUGAGGGCGCUGCAGGCUUUCUAUAAGCAUGGCAGCCCUGAAAUGAUUCCACAACCAGAAUUAACUGUGAGCAGGACUCAAGUUUUAGAUCGUGGUCCAAGGAGAGAUUUGCGACCCCGCUAGAUGCUUUGAAAGAGUCUGCUUUUGCCAAUAAAUUUCGUUCCCGUCGAUGACGUUCACCUGACAGUAGAUAGUCCUGCCAUGAGGUAAUUGCUGCAAUUUUUAUGUUGUUCUGUUAGAAUUCAAAAUCUGUAUUUUUUACGCGAAUACUUUUCUCUUCGCACGGUGUUUUACCAUCCAAAGAGAACAAUGGUGAGAGUACAAAUGCCUCAGUCUUGUAUUUUUUUCAUCAGUUGCGUUAACCCAACAUUUUUAACUACUUUGCUAUAAUAACCGUUACUUGGUUUUUGGCUAAACCCCCACAGAUUUUAUGUUAUUGUACUACACCAAUCCAUCCAAUUACAAAAAACUUAAUUAAA